AUGACCCUCACGUAUGACGGACAAGAAGAUGGACCAGCGGGGGAGUGGGAGACUGAGCCUUUAGAUGCCAGUGAAACAAUUACCACUGCCAUCCGCGAUUAUGUGGAGACACCGUCACCAGUACCCGCCAACAAUUGCCCUUCCAUUCCCUCCGAUUCCUACAACUUCACCAUCACUAUCGUUGAUAUCUUCACGCUACAAACAAGCACUUUCAUUCAUCGUGACGCGAACAGUCUGUCUGCUGCAAUCGACCUUGUCCGUGCUGGCUUUCUCAGUCAUGUACCGGUGUCACCCUCAGUAGCUAUCUCACUUCGUACUCUGGAGCAUUUUCGUCACCUCCGUCUCCGCAAACCUUCAUUUAGCAUCGAGGCAUAUGUCAAGGUGAUUUGCGAUUCAUACAAGGUACCCUAUAAACGUCGCUGGCGUACUGUACUAGCCAAUGCUUUCGAUACUUACUUGGCCAUACUUCGGCAGGUUGAGCAGAGAGUCAAUGCUGCUCUUGGUCGCAGUACCGCCAACUGGCGUAUACUCAACUCAUGCCCUCCCUGCACCUAUGAGUUGGAGGAUGAGCCCUUAUUACCAUUCACUCGCAUGUAUGUCCUCGAUGGUGGAAACUCGGCCAAACACAUGGCAGGGCUAGGAGGACGCGAGCGAGGAGACACGCGGACAUACACCAAGAGCGACUACAUCAUAUCACGUGACUUUGUUGAUAGCUUCACCAAUGAAGUUCGACCAUGUCAUUCAGGCGCUCCAGACCCAGAUGAUGCAGACCCAGUUGUGGCGGCUGCCAAUGAAGAGAAGAAACACAUGUGGUCUGUCUUUGAUGAAACGGGGAUUUUUGUUUCCGCUUGUCGUCACGGUCUUUUGUUAUGGGUGACAGACAUGGUCCGCAGCGGUGAACUUGCGAAAUAUCCUCUCGCGAUCAUGUCUAACGUCAUCGACGUUCUUGGUGAGCGCACUCUGGGAGCAUAUGAUAUAGGCUGCAGAUUUCAAUCUACCAUCCGUGCAAGCAGGCUGGGUGAUGCAUUCGAGAGGCAAAAGUGCCGCAUGUGUGUUGAUGCCUUUCACGGCUAUGCACACAACUACCUGUGUCAAACGAAGAAUCAUCCAAACGGGAUUGUUGGUGCGGGUAUUGAAGACUUUGGAACUAUUGAACAUUUUUUCAGCGCAUCGAACACUAUUGCCCCCAUCAUCCGAUAUGCCAGUUCAUACCACCGUCAUGUCUUUUUGGACCUCUUUUUCAAGCAAUGGGACGAGGAUAAGUACUUGAAUCUCGGUACUAUGAUAUACAAUAACUACAAGCAAGCACUCGACAUUGUCUUGACGGAGUCGAUUGCUCUUGAUGAAGCAAAGCAAUCACUUGGUAAAGAGACUGAGUGGGAUGUCCACGCGAUGGCAUAUGUGGAACUCCUACUGAAGCUGAGAGAUGCAGAAUCUCAGGUGCAGUCUGCAUCUACAUGUUUUCUAUCUACGACUCCAAAGGAUUAUCAGUUCGUCUCUUUUACAGGCACACAGUCCUAUUCCGGUGACAUGGCGGCCACGAGAAAACUCGAGACACAAUGUUGGUACAGCGCUGAGCGUCUCGCUACAAUACAGCAAGAAGUUACCUCCGUGGAAGUGAAGAUGGGUAUCGCUAAUCGAUGGCAGCCUUCGUCACCUGAGUAUCAAGCCACGCUGAAGUAUAUGUCGAAUCAUCAGUAUCAAUGUGCAUUGGACAAUCUUCAGCGCUUAGUAGUCCAACGGCUCUUCGAGCUUCAGCGGCUGAAUAUCUCACAAACUGCUUAUAAAAUGCACACCCACAUAUCUAAAUCCCUUCAAACUCGAUGUCAUGCUAUUCAAAAUGCCGUCAAGACAUAUAAUACAGCAGCUGCGGCACUAUCACCCCCUCGUCCCCAGCUUGAUUGCUUUCUUGAGGAGUUCAACCUCCUGCGAGAUACACGACAAGACAUUCGUGAAAAAAUGUGGGCCAAACCUGCUAUCCGUGCAGUGAUCCAACAAUGGCUACUGAUUGAACGUGCGAAGGAGGAGAUAGAACGAUGCAACGUGGAGAUGCGCCAUGAAGACGCUCUAUUUACCCAAUGUCUUGCUUCACUCGCAGCUGAACAAGCUAUUGAACAUGUUGCAGUGUAUGAAUACUGCUCACAUCGCCAUCUAAUCAACACGCAAAUCCACUCACUUCCAGGAUUCUCCGGCUCGAUUUCAGCAGGUAUAAGGAAAGGAUCUAGAGGGCGUACUACAGAGGAUACUGCUUUGUCUAGCAGUAACAAAGUUGAGUAUGACGACGAUGCUGCGCCUGCUGUUGAUGAAGUUGAGGAAUUGACACAGGACAUUGGUACCUUGAUAGAAUAUCUCUCUGACUUAACGCUUCAUCAUUGA